UUGAAGACCUUUAAUUUCAUUUUUCCAACAAAGAAGCAGUGGGAGGAAGUGGGGGCCUGAAGCCCAGCUCUCCUGGGAGCUCAAGGAUAGGGAGGGAAAGUUGGAAUGUGAAGGAGGAGACAGUGGAGAGGUGCAGGGAGGCGGUGACCUUUGACCCUGAGGCUCCUGACCCUGUGGGGUCCGAGCAUCAGGAGAAGGGAGAUGGCAGGGCCUGGAGGACCCUUGGACCCCCAGCAGUUUGUGCUCAUCCGACCGCUGCCCAGCUCCUCUCCCCAGGGGGCAAAAGUCCAGGCCCGCAGUGCCACCGUCUACACCUGCCGGGAAGCGGAUCGGGAGCGGGUCUUCUGGGAAACCCGCCGCAGGAGACUGAUGCAGCAAACCCAGCAGGGUCACGGAGCCGCCACCUGGAAACCCUACGUGGAGGUAGGGGCUCCUCUCGUCUUGGAGCCCAAGAGACUCACGCUCUCCGCCCUGGGGCAGCUGAACCUGGAAGAGAAGGAUGAAAUCAGCCCGUGUCUAAGCCCAGUUCCCCAGGAACUAGAAAGAGGGAGAGUUGUCCAACCCAAGGUUCCUAAGCCUCCUUGGCGGAAGGUUAAAUCCCCGGAGAAAGAAAUGGCGGACCUCAAGAGAGAUCUCUGCUCCACCGGGCAGAUGAUCAACUCGGUGAAGCAAGGCCAAGGAUAUUUCACCAUCCUGAAGAAGGAAAACGCAAAGAGAAAGAAAAUAUUGCAAAUUAAAAAGGAAGAGGAGGGGAGAACCUUGUUUCGACAUCCUAGAGAGGAUUUGGACGAUAAGUCUCGAGAAGACUUUCUGAAUUUCUUUCUGACAGGAGAGACGGUGAAGAGGAAAAGGGAGGUGGAGAAGGACAGAGUGAUGAGACCUUUCACCCCGGUGCACUCCAGUUUGGUCGCCCCAGAUUUGCCGGAAGCUCGCGUGGAACCCCUCUUCCGUCAGCUCUGUGCCCUCCACUGGCUCCUGGAAGCCUUGACUCUCGAUUCCAACGACACCAUGAAGCCUGUGAUCAACUGCUGGAGUCCCAGGGACCCUGGUGGCGGUAAAAGUACAUUAAAAAAAAUCAAUAAGGAAAAGGCAGCGAGGCACAAAUGGGAGCACUUCAUCAUGCAGACAAAGGUGAAGAGAUCCAGAUCGCAGUUCUUCCGGCCCCUUCCCGGGCGGAGGCUGAGCUGGAGACCAUCCUUUGGGAGCCUGUCCCGGCCGAGCCUCGUGCCGUCCCCGCCGACCAGCCCGCUGUCCCUCGUCCCGAGCUCGGAGGACGGGCACAGCGCAGGGACCCGUGGCGGCUCCUCCACCAAAGACGGGGAGGGGAGCCGGCCCCCUCAGACCGGGCCCCCGCCAGAAGAGGAGCCCCUUCCCAACGCUCUACAGACGCUCCUGGAGAUGGUGCACGAUGACGUGACGAAGAGUUUGGCCACAAAGGAACAGAGAAAGGGAAGCCUGGUCAGCUCAUCACCAAUGACCAAGGAGACCUCUCAAACGGUCUCUCCCGACCUCACAGAAGCAGAGAGCAGGCCGAUCCCCCAUCGGAGAGCCAGCGCAUUGCAGAGGAGUCGGAGAAUGAGUGAGGCGAACAGUCCCACCUCAGAGCGUCGCUCGUUACCGUUGCCGAAACGUGGAAGCCCUUUUCCCAUCGCUGUUUUGGACCACAAAGAGACCUUGUGUGCCGACCUGAGAGCUGAGUUCCAGGGGGUGGCCGAGGAGGCAGCUGUUUCUCUGAAAGAUGACCUGGAAUUCCUGGCCAAGCGGCGGGAAGAGAAAGGGUCCCUGAAACUCCGGGCUUUGAGCGUCACUUCCGGCUUUGAUAAAGACAUGGAGAAGAUGAGAAACUCCAUCCACGUGCCAAGAAACUCCAUCCAAAGGCCCCGGGCCCCCAAGGAGGACGAAAAAGAUCACUGGUAUUUCAGUCUGUUGGCCAAACUUCCGGCUGAUUUGAAGAGCUACCACCGGGCCCGGAGAAUCCUACGGAAACUGGAAAGGUUUGGGACGGACCCAGAGCUGAGGAUCCGCCCCGGCGUCUUCCUGAAGACGCUGGAGGAGCUCCGGACGUGGGAGCUGUGCUCUCCGGACGUGGCUGCGGCUGUGGAGGUCGGACCCCUUCCUUCCCCAUCCCCGGGGGCCCGCCAGCCCCAGGUGCCGCCCACUGGUGAGGAGACCAGGUCUCCAUGGCCGAUCGCCGGGGAGGAUUGUGGAUAG